ACGAGCCUCGCUGAACGAGAGACGAGUCCGAGUUUUCCUCGGAACUCGAGUUCAGCAGGUCAUGAGGGCUUCUUAUUAUCUAUUUUGCGAGUGCAGGAGGAACGGGUAGAGUGAAAUGGAAACAUGAGAAUCCAUGCUACUUCUCGUCCAAUCAAUCUUGGAGAACGCGCUCGCUUUGACCACAUGGAGAAACCGGGAAAGGCUUGUCGGAAUGCCACCAUACACUGACGGUAGUGGUAAGCUGCAGGGGUCAACAAGGUUGAAUGCCAGUGAAUGCCUCAGGCAAAAGUUUACGAAAUUCCCACGCUUCACACUAUGUCAGGAGCUGCCAGCCGUCCCCGCCCUCGUCCCCGUCCAAAACCGGUUCAGAAAACCGCAGAACCAGCAUCUUCGGCUGCAUCUUCCUCUGGCUCCGUAUCACAAUCCAAACAAUCACAAAAUGACGAUGACGACGCCAUGUUCAUUCGCCAGCCGCGAAAGAAUGAGUCCACUUGGGAGCUUUUGGAAAAAAAGAAUCGAGAGAAUAGCAAGUCGCAACAAACGAUCGUGUCAAGUGACAGCGAUGAAGAUGUUGGCACACCGCGCCGUCGCGCCAAGAAGAGGAAGGGGAACGAUGGUGUAAGUGGGUGGCAGAACAAGAAAGACCUCAAGAGGUUUAUGUCGCAGGGAUUGUCAGACAGCGAUUCUGACGUCCAAAUACUGGAGGACAAGACGCCGAGGGGCAAGAAUUCCAAAGCUGGACGACAAGAGAAAAGGAAACGCAGCCGAAGUCGGUCCAGGUCUAUUACACCACCUCCACAAAUACCUCAAUCACGCCUCGAGACAUUGAGAAACGUUGUGAGAGAGGCUCUCGGCGUGGUUCGUCCCGAAUCUCCGACCUACUUGGACUCCGAAGAUGAUUCGACGGAUCUCAUCCUUGAUCCAGAACUGCAACGUAUUGUUCAAAACGCCCGAUUGCAACCUCGCGACCGGUCACAGUCGCGCUUCUCGUCUCCGCUUCUGGCUGGAGGAGGUGAUAAAGUGAUGGUCACGGUGAAGUGGCAACCUCAUCCCUUGAAUCAACAUGGGAAAGAAACUACGUGGACAUAUAGCAUUAACAGGAGUGAUAAUUUCCGUCAAGUAUUUGACGCAGUGGCAGAAGAAGCUUGUGUCAUUUCAGAAAACCUUGUUUUAACCUAUCGAGGAGAUAGAUUCUUCCCCUCUGUGUCUCCCACCACAUUGCACAUGUACAACGAAGCAACAAUAGUGGCAUGCGACAAACGAGCAUGGGAUUAUAUGCGCGCCAACAGAAAGGCAAGAUCCUCACCACCUUCCCCAUCUGUAUCACCCAGCAAACUGCCGUUGAAGUCGAGUUCACUUGCUUCAAUGUCGAUACCGGAAGAUAAACCCAUUGAAUUCAUUUCCUCUUCUGGAGAUGAAUUUGAGUACAUGGAAAGCGGACACCAGGAUGAAUCAGAUGACAGUGGUGGUGGUGGUGGAACCGAAGUCGAAGAAAACGACAUCGUACCGGAAGACACGUUCACAUUGACUGUCCGGUCGGGAAGUGCCAACAAGGGCGUCACACUGGUGGUGCGGCCUACAGCUAAAUGCGGGGCCAUCGUGAAGGGAUUCCUGAAGAAGAGUGGUUUGGCAGACCAGUACCCCGCAUUCAUGAACGGAGAGACUCAGCUCCCUGCAGGCAAGAACACUCGGAAGAAAGGUGGUACACCCCCUCAGAAGAUGCCCGUGUUGUCAAUCGAUGGCGAUAGAGUCGGGAAUGACGAGGAGAUUGGACAGUAUGAUCUUGAAGAUGGGGACAUGGUUGAAGUGGUUGGCUUGUGA